AUGAAGACCCCAAAUGUCAUCCUCAGCGCUCUCUUCGCGUUCUCCUUUAUCGCUGCUCUUCCUCUCCCAGCAGAUACCUCCUCGCUCGCCUAUCUGGCCAAAAAGGACAUCACAAGCCUUCCACAGGCCAUAAAACGCCAGAACGAUGACAUCUCAUCUGAUGAAGAUAGCAGUGGAGACGGCUCGGGUGGUAGCAGCGAUGAAUCCGGCUCCGAUCUCAAUUUCCUUAUGAAAACCAGACGCCAAUUCUCCGAUGAAAGUGGCAGUGGAGGCGAGAAUGAUAGCAGCGAUGAACCCGGCUUUGGUGAUGAGAGAUUCCGUUUCCUUAUGAAAACCAGAUGCCAAUCUGGCGACAGUAGCGGUGAUGACUCCUGGAAGAGGGAUGGCGGAGAGAAGCAUAGGCUUUAG